AUGGAGGAAAACGUCUACCAGGAGGCCUGUAACGUCUACAGCACCUGUAACGAGGAUGCCAGCAAUGACUACGAGGAACCCUGCGCGGUCUCUCCGUCAAAGGUUUCAGCUAGAAAGAGGGCCUCCGGCCUUAACCCCGCAGAGGGAGCCUCAGCCUCAUCAAAAGUGCCAGGUUCAUCUGGGUCCGAGCCUAACGACAAGCGCCAAGCGGCCGACCCCGAACCUGCCUCUGCUGAGACCGCUGGGUACAUCCCAGGGGUCGGUAUGAGGAGCCCUGGUCAGUCCCGAGUCUGGACCAGCGCCAUGUUGAAAACCUACGCUGUUGUGACAAUGGUCCUGAUUUUCUGUCUGCUGGGAGUUACCACCUUUCUGGCUAUGAAGAUGUCUGACCUGAAGUUGACCCUGGCAUUAAACAAGCUCGACAAGAAGACAACUGAUGAUCUGUCGGAUCUGAAGCUGUCAGUCAGUAAGCUGGACACGAAGACAGCCGGAAUCCAGGCCAACGUCUCUGGGUGGAUUUAUCGCCAGCAGGUUAGAAGAAAAUGCUUCUCAUAA